CAUCAAUUCUUUUUUUCGUGGCCUGGUUAUCUGGAUUGUAGGGGAAUUUUGAUGUGCUGUUCCCUAUGGCCAAUUCAAGAAUGGCUACACUUUUUCAAUGGUGGAAGAAAUGGCGGUGUUACUUUCGCCUCUUUUUUGGAAGCUCUGUCCCCUCUCCAGAGGAACUCUGGUCCUUCGGCAAUUAAGUAUCAAAUGCCAGAGGAUCCAGCGAAGAUCAUUACAAGUUCAGUACCCCCUUCUUAUUCUGUUAAAAUCAAGGAAGCAGGUGCUCCACCGUCAAGCUAUCAAGGAGAGUUACAAUGCCCAAAGAUUUCAUUUAGCGAUCAUGAUUUAAAUGCUGCCAAUGAUCUGGAAUGCAGCCACUGAGAAUCGUUUAGGUAAGAUCAGAACAGAGACUCCAUUGCACUCCCCAAAGCAAGAGGGCAGAAUCUCUUCUGAUGAUUGCUCAUUGCCCUGGAACUUUUCAAGGCAACUAAACUCAUUGAAGGGUUCUAACUUUGUGCUAAAUGAUAUUGAACUAGAAGUGGACAUGGAUGUUCCACUUGGUGGCAAUCCUUCGCAGUUCUCAGUCGAUAUAACUGAUUCACAUGGCAAUUGGAAGCCAAACCUCUCCACUUUUUCUAACGACAUGCAACUCGAUAGCCAUUACAGAAUUAGCAAGUGCACUUUUGGUGACACUAACAUUUCCUACAACAUAGGAUGUAACACUUCAAACUCAACCUAAAUAUUAUAGCUGAAUCUGGAGAAGUUACAGAAAA